CAUUCGACUGGGGUUUAUGUAGAACUGAACCAUUAUCAAGCUCAUCUCUCCUAAGUUCUUAAUGCAGCAAACAAGCAAAAGGAGCUAAGGAGAAGGAAAGAGUAGGUCAUGGAGUUUUUUGUGCAAUACCUGGACUUGAUCUUGGUCCCAGCAGGGCUGUUGAUAUUGUUCACCUACCAUCUCUACCUCCUCUACCGAGUCCUAAAAUAUCCUGCAACAACGGUAAUUGGCUAUGAGAACCUCAACAGAAUGGCAUGGGUUGAGUACAUGAUGCAGGGUGGGAGCAACACAAGCAUAGCAUUAUCUGUGAUAUCCUCCAACAUAACAAGCACAAUCUACUUCGCUACUAUGAGUCUUACACUAAGCUCUCUCAUAGGAACAUUGGCCGGAAACUCCUCUAGCUUUCUCUCCAAAAACAUAUUCAUAGUUGGAGACACAAGCUCCAACACAGUGUCUCUCAAGUACAUAAGCAUGCUUUUAUCUUUCAUGCUGGCCUUCGGUUCAUUUGUUCAGUCGGCGAGGUACUACGUCGAGGCUGAUUUCUACAUAAGCACACCGCUCGUCAACAUGCCGGUAACGUAUGUUCAGAGGUCGGCGAUAAGGGCGAAUAAUUUCUGGCAGCUUGGGUUGAGGUUGCUCUAUUUUGCUAUGGCUUUCUUGUUUUGGGGGUUUGGGCCGAUACCGAUGUUUGCUUCUUGCGUGAUUAUGGUGGUGCUUCUGAUUUUUUUGGACUCCAAUUCAAAGCCUUUGCACCAGUAUCAGUCAGGGAAGAAGAAGAAGAAGAAGGUGGAGGAUGUAUGAAUGGAUGAAUUGAUGUCAAUGUUCUUAGUAGUUCUGAGGAAUUUAGUUGAGAGUGCAACGGCCAAGCCAAGUUGAACUUUCUUUGUGUUGAAUUAAUUUGUUGGUAUUCAUUUUCCUUGUAUGACCUUAUCAUUGUAAGUGAUCAUCUUGGAGAGCCAAGCCAGGUUCCCUUCUUUUUUCCUCUCUCUUUUCUUUAGUUUUAAUAUAGCAUUACUAACGUUUUGUAA